AUGAACCUUGGAGACCUAGAGAACCUGGAAAGUAUCCACAACCUGGCAAGACAACAGAUCCAGGAAAGUCUGGGGAACCUGGAAAGGCAGAUGAACCUUGGAGGGCAACAGAACCUGGAAGGUAUCCAGAACCUGGCAAGUCAACAGAUCCAGGAAAGUCUGGGCAACCAGGAAAGUCUGGGCAACCAGGAAAAUUGCCAGAAUCAGGAAAAUAUCCAGAACCUGGAAAGUCAACAGAACCUGGCAAGUAUCCAGAACCUGGAAAGUCAAGAGAACCUGGAAAAUUACCAGAAUCUGGAAAGUAUCCAGAACCAGGAAAGUCAACAGAACCAGGAAAGUCUGAUGAACGUUGGAGGCCUAAAGAACCUGGAAAGUAUCCAGAACCUGGAAAGUCAACAGAUCCAGGAAAGUCUGAUGAACUUUUGCGACCUGGAGUACCUGGAAAGUAUCCAGGUCCUGGAAAGUCAACAGAACCAGGAAAGUCUGAUAUACCUGGAAAGGCAGGUGAACCAUGGAAGCCAAGAGAACCUGGAAAGUCAAUAG